UUCCGGCCGGAGCACAACACCGGGAACACGAAAUGGCGACCUCCUUGCUACGGUUAGGGCGACUUGGUUCCCUCAAGUGUCUCCGGUUGGAGAGCUGGGGCAUCCUGAGGAGUCGCUCGGGUGCGCCGUUCUGCACUCAGGCUGAAGAGCCCCCGAAACCAGCUGCGAAAAAGACCAAGGCAGCAAGCAAGACAGCAGAAGUUCCAGAUGAGAGGGCAACAUUGCUAGCCUACAAGACCGCAGUUGCCUUCCCAGUUAGACUUUCAGAACCUGCUGCUUUCACAGCACAACCUGAUCCAGUGUCCAGCCCGGCUGCUGCAGCAGAAACUAUUGUAGCUGCAGCAGCCGCAGAACCUGAAGCUACAGCGCCUGAAGCCACAGCAUCUGAAGCUGUAGCACCUGAAGCUGCUGCUGAGCCAGUGGCUGCAGCAGAGGCUUCUGCUCCUGAACUAGACACAGCUCUACCGGUAGUUGACGCAGCCACACCGGUAGCUGAUGCAGCUCCCACAGUUGCUGAGCCCCUGGUUGAUGCAAGCACUCAAACCUCAGCACCUGAAGACACUCCAGCUGCUGCCUCCACCACUCAGGAUGAAGUCCCAGCCACCGCGGCCUCUUCUGAGCCUGCUGAUGCUGCACCUGAUUCAUCUUCCUCCUCAUCUUCCAGCGAUUCAGAUUCUGACUCGGAUUCUGACUCUGAGGACGAGAAGUCGGAACCAAGGCCAACUUCCCCAAAAGUGUCGGUAUCUGCUGUGAAAGAAGAAGCAGAAGUCCAGGAGGUCACAGCAGUGAAGGAAGAGCCUGAAGCUGAAGUUGAAGCAGCAUCCGCCGCUGAGGCCGUACAAGAGGCUGCCCCAGCUGCAGCAGCACCUGCAGAAGAAACUCAAGCUACCGUGGAAGCCCCCAUUGCUGGCUCAGAGGAGUUGGUAGACGCUGCUCCUGAGAUCUGCACCGCCACCGAAGACACACUAGAGGGCAGUGUGAGCACCGUGGCUGCUAUAGCCGAAGCUGCAGUGGAACCAGAAGUAGAUGUUGUCGCGGCGCCUGCUACCCCUGAUGUUGAAGUUGUCACUGAGGCUGCACCCCCAGAGGAAGCUGCAGCUGAAAUCACAGAGCCCACAGAAGCUGCAGCCGAGCCUGCAGAAGCCAUCGCUGCCCCCGUAGAUGCUGCCGAAGAGUCUGCCUCUCCUGAAGUCCCCGUAGAAGUUGAAGCUGUCCCGGCUGAAACGGCUGCUGAGGCUGCAGCUGAAGUUUCCGCCCCAGUGGAGGAGGAUUUGGUGGAUCCUGCUCCUGUAAUCGCCGAAGCUGCCCCCGUAGAAGCCGCAGAAGUCGCUGUAGAAGCUGAAGCUGCCCCUGUGGAAGUUGAAGUUGCUGCAGAGCCUGUAGAAGCUGAAGCUGCCCCUGUGGAAACUGCAGAAGUCGCUGCUGAGGCUGCAGCUGAAGUUUCUGCCCCUGUGGAGAGCGCAGAAGAGUUGGUGGAUACUGCUCCGGUCGUAGCUGAAGCUGCAGGAGAGGAGCUGCAGGCGGAGGUCCCAGUUGAAGCACCUGAGGAGGCUGCAGCAGUGGCGCCUCCAGAGCCCGAGGAGCCGUUUGACAACAGCACUUACCUAAACAACCAGCACCACAGCUACACCCCGUACACAUUCGCAGACCUGGAUGUAGAGAUGGCCAAGUUUCGUCUCCCUCAGCCCUCGGCCGGCAGACAGUAGAGGGAAACCUUUAAAGAGCUUAUAGAAGAAGAAGAUGAUGAUGAUGUUGUCCCUCCUUACAUAUGAUCACCCCCCCUUUACCUGUCAGAUCUGCAUGAUAUCAUGCUGUUAUAUUAUUAAAAUACACAAAUGAGAAAUGGAA